GUGCACACGUAUCAUUCAUAUUACCCCGGAGACAGACUCUGGCUGCAAUACCUUGGGGAGUGUCUACUACUCUUUGAUUGUUCUAUUGUUCGAAACGCAUUAACUGAUCUUCUGGACGGUAAUCACAGUUUACGGGACACUUGUCUUUGAGUGGGUACAGUCGAGCUUGCUGAUAGCAUCGCUGUUCCAUGUUUUUGUGUACAACUAUGGGGACCUGGGUGCUCUAGGGGAUAUGUGCAAUUACUGGUUCAGUGUGCCCAUGAUGAGCGCUAUCGUAGCAUUCGUGGUACAACUCUUUUACGCGUGGCGCAUUUAUCGCUUCAGCAAGUCGCGUUUGUUACUGCUCGUGAUCAUCGCGCUAGCCAUUACCCAAAUUGGAGGAGGCACAAUGAACACCAAUUCAUCGUUGAAGAUACACAUACGCGGAGCCUCCAUUUCUCAGGUCCCACAGUAUAAAGGUCCCAUUGCGACUUGGUUAGCGGGAAAUAUCCUCGCGGACCUUUUGAUUGCUAUCGCAAUGACAAUACUGAUGUUGAACCACAAGACACCAUAUGACACCGACACCGAUAGGAUGAUGAAUAAGGUUAUUCGACUGACUGUCGAGACGGGAACUGCGACAGCUAGUAUGGCCACACUCGAUCUCCUGCUUAGCCAGAUCUAUCCUGUAUGUAUCACUAGUCGGCUUUUUGUUCGUUCAGUGAUCGUAUUUUUACAUGCUCAUUGCUCUGAGGAUAAAGCGUAUUUUAUUUUUCCAGCACUCGUGAUGAGCAAAUUAUACGCCAACUCUCUCCUCACGAACCUCCUCAGUCGUGCAUUCAUUGCGCGCGACGUGCAUUGUCUUCACAGAUCCAGGGACCAACUACCAUCUGUUCAUCUGUGAUUUAUAAUCGACGUCGACCAGCGCACUAUCAUCCAAUCCGGCGGAAUGGGCUCGAGCUCUCAAUCCCUUUGCUACGAUUCUCAACCCGUCGUUACGUCUAGCAUCACAGGAUAACGCCACAGAGCAGAUGACCCACGUCGAAGAGCACGGACAAGGGCGGAAAAGGGGAUAUUGUACUACCAAAUGAUGUUCGCCUCUCUUUGAAAUUCAGUACAUAGUAAACCCCACAAUUUCAGAAUGUCCCAGUAACCUACAUAGAGUCACAGUGUAGGUACGAUGCCGUUGCUUGGUGAGGCAAUGAUCCUCCUUAAGGCCUCAAUCAGCACUGCGGAAAGGCGACGAAAGGUUGGCUAAGCCAGCCGCGCCCUGAAUAAGCACGAUCGUG